AUGUCGUCCGGGCUCUCGGCGCAAUCGCUCAAUGGCGUCAAGGUCUACAACCUCAGUGCCGGCAAGACGCUGCCGCAGUGGCUGGCGCAGAAGACCAAGAAGGCGCUGAGCCGCGACGAGGACUACCGCCGCCGCCUCGAGCUCGUCCAGGACUUUACGUUCCCGACGGCGUCGCACUGCGUGACCAUGUCGCCCGACGGCAACUACAUCAUAGCCACGGCACGUACCCGCCGAUUGUCAAGGUCUACGACGUUCGCGACCUCACCAAGUGCUCAAGCUGUCUGCCUCUCGGAGGACUUUGGCAAGCUCGCGUUCCUUCAGAUGGACCGCUCGAUCGCGUUCCAUGCGCCGUACGGUACGCAUACCAACGUGCGCAUCCCCAAGUUUGGCCGCGACAUGGUCUACCACCGCGGCAACUGCGAUAUGUACGUUGGCGCGUCCGACGCUGAAAUCUACCGCGUCAACCUCGACCAAGGCCAGUUCCUCGGCGGCCUCCAGACCAACAUGCCGGCCGUCAACGUCGUCAAGCUCAACCCGGUCCACCAGCUCCUCGGCGCCGGCGGCGACAACGGCGUCGUCGAAAUGUGGGAUACGCGCAGCCAAGCGCGCGUGGGCUCGCUGAGCGUGUCGCCGGACGUGCCGAUUUCGGCGCUCAACUUUGACACGGACGGCCUCACGUUCGCGGUGGGCACGCACACUGGCGAAGUCCGGCUCUACGAUCUGCGGUCGUCGACGCCGCUCCUCACCAAGCAGCACCAGUACGAGCUGCCGAUCGUCGACGUGACGUUCCACGAAGGGCCGUCCAAGCAAGUGCUCUCGUCGGACGCCAAGUGCAUCAAGAUCUGGGACAAGACCGAUGGCAAGCUCUUUACGAACCUUGAGACGUCGGCCGAUAUCAACGACGUGUGUGUCGUGCGUGGCGGCGCGGGCAUGUCGGGCGUUCUCAUGGUCGCUGGCGAGCAGGAGCGCGUCAUGUCCUACUACAUUCCCGAGCUCGGGAUUGCGCCGAAAUGGUGCUCGUUCCUCGACAACCUCACGGAAGAGCUCGAAGAGGAAGCGUCGUCGACGGUGUACGACGACUACAAGUUUGUCACGCGGGCCGAGCUCUCGACCCUCGGCUUGGACCACAUGAUUGGCACGCCGUUGCUCAAGGCGUACAUGCACGGCUUCUUCAUGGACGCCCGACUGUACGCCAAGGUGUCGGCGGUCGCUGCGCCGCUCGCGUACGACGCAUGGCGCAAGGCCAAGGUCCAGGAAAAGGUCAAGGAGAAGCAGGCCAACCGAAUCACGAUCCAGCGCCGUCUCCCCAAGGUCAACCGCGCGCUCGCCGAGCAACUCGUGUCGGGCAAGAAAUCCAAGAAGCCCAAAAAGUCUGGCGACGACGACGACGAGCUCGACGUCGAGGCGCCCGAGCCCGACUUUGCCAACCCGCUCGGCGACGACCGCUUUGCAAAGAUGUUCACGUCGACCGACUUUCAGGUCGACGAAGAGUCCGAGACGUACCGCGCGAUGCACCCGAACGCGCACCUCACGAAGCGCAAGAAGGACGAAGACAUGGACAGCGACGACGACGGCGAAGAUGAAGACGAAGAGGAAGGCCGCUUCGACUUGGUUGACGAUGAAGUGGAAGGUCGCCCGAGCGACGCGUCGUCCUCGGAAGAAGAAGAGGACGAGGACGAAACACCCAAGGCCAAGAAGGCGCCGGCGCCCAAAAAGGCGUUGCCCAAGUUUUACGAGCUCGCCAAGGGCGAGUCGAUUCGCAACGUGGUCGGGCUCGGGUCGGCGGCCGACAAGGACGCGCAGCGCGAGCGGCGCAAGCUCACCAAGCUGCCGCUGGCCGAGCGCAUCAAGCUCGAAAAGGUCAAGGCCACCGAGCGCAGCGUCAUGAAGAACGUCCAGGGGGCCGGUAUGGUCCGUGAGAUGACGUACAUGCCGCACAGCAACCACACGCGCAAGGUCGAGAAACCCGAUGCGCGCAAGAAGCGUGGCGUUGGCGAACUCAAUCUCAAGGGUCCUCAAAAGCGCUUCCGGCGGUAA